UUUCAUUAAUAUUGUGUCACCUAGGCUACCAUACCGGGCGGAAUAUACAGUACGGAGUAUACUGCCUUUACAUCUCAGCUCUCCUAUCUCUACGGAAAGGACCCCGCUAGAUAACUUCUCCAACUUGCUUCAAAAGGCAAAACAUCAGUCAAAGUCCCACAUUAGACAUCAUGGAGUCUCCUAAACCAUCAACGGCAGCUUCGGAUCCAGCACCAAGAAAAUAUACCGGUAUGGAUUGUAGGUUUUGCCAGAGAAGUUUCUCCAAAGGCGAACAUUUGAGGGUUAGCAUGACAAUAUUAUCAAGAUAUACAUCUUUUACUCACUAAUCAUUAUUACAGAGACACGAGAGAAGCCGUAAGGACAGACCUCUCGAAAUGAAUUCCUCGUUCUUAAGAACCGUAAGCUAAUCAAGUGAUGAAAAGAUACUGGAUCCCGACCCUUCAUAUGUAAAGAUUGCGGAAGACCAUUUGCUAGACAAGAUUCACUUGCUCGUCAUGAAAGAUUACAUACUCGUAGGGAAAUCAAUUAUCCUUCACCACCCUCGAGUAUGAUUUCUCAAUCAAGUAUCCCAUCUAUAUUACCUGUGGUUGAUACAAAUCUUCAAGUCGAAACACCAAAAUCACAACAAGGAAUUAUGAACAAUAGUGGGGCCAGCCAUUCUAUAAUUGGGAUUACACCUUCUUCAACAGAAGAUAUUGAUUUUGAACUAAUGUGGCCAGAUUCGGAGGAUUUAUUUGAAACUUUGAUGUCUUCCGAUCCAAUGAUUCCAUGGCAAAUGCCAAUUGGGAUACUGCCUGUACCCAUCACAACUCGAUCACAUGUGAACAAUGGAAGUUUUGGGAUUCCAGGUCCGUUUCAACAAAAGGGAUCGAUUGGUUCUAUCCCAGUAGGGGAAAGUCACCAAGCUGUACAUAAUGUUAGUGAGAUGGUUACUAGUCUGGUAAGUUCAACAAGACCUUGAAUGAAACCAGUAUUAAUCAAAAGAUAGUCGUCAACUGUUACGGCUGCUGUUGAAGCUACAUCUCUCACCUCAGUUUUCUUAGAUGAAUGUUUACAUAUGUUCUUUGUAAGAUUCAUACCCACAUUUCCAGUAUUACAUCGAUCAACCUUUGUCUUUCGAGAAUGUACUCAACCUUUACUUCUCAAUGCCAUGGCUAUCGGUUCUUUAUAUCUUGGACCUAAAGAUUCAGUGGCAAAAGGUGAAGCUUUAUGGAGACUUGCACAUGUAGCAGUUGCAACGUCUUGGGAAACAUUAAUCACUCAUAAAGGUCCCUAUGAUAGUUGCCAGGGAGUACAAUUAGUCGUCACUGCUCUACUUGCUCAAAUAUACGGCGCUCUUUCAAGGAAUCGAGUCAUUCGAACCACAAGUCAAGCAUUUCAUGCUCUUGGAUUCUUUUGGGCAAGACAGUGCGCAAUAUCUGAUAGUGAACCAUACUCAAGAAGCAAUUUACCUAGCCAAAAUUCAACCGACGAAGAAAAGGAUAGAGCUUGGAAGUUUUGGGCAGCAAAAGAGAUUAAACAACGUGCAUUAUUGGGCCACUACGUAUUAGAUGGUUUAAUAUCUCGAAUGUCUGGGGAAACUCCAUCAGUUCGACAUGCCGCCAAUCAAUUGGGUUUACCUAGUAGUGAAACAGCAUUUGAAGCUAGAACUGCCAGUGAAUGGCUUAAUCAUAUGAGAUCUCAAGAACCAUCUCAAUACUCCUUCCGAAGUAUCAUCCGAUCACUUUUCGACCCAACUAAUCAACCUCUUACGAGUUUCCAUGCAUUCUCGGCAUUUUCCCUUCGUGUCAUUCUAGAAGGUCUUCAAUCCUUGGUUUCGGACUGUGAUUCCGAUGAUCUGUCUACGGUUGGUGUACCGACAAAGCUCGAAUCACGAAAAGCUCUAAGUCACGUCUUCGAAGCUAUAUCCAUAAGCUCCAAUCUUUCGCAUUCCGAACGACUUGAGCUUUUACUCAGAUGGCACACCAUCUGCCUUGAUACUUGCAAAGAUUCAUCACUACUCUGCCGAUCCAUCUGUUCUCGUUACGGUAUCGUGCAGCAUGUAUGCGGAGGAAAAAAUAUCAUGAAACCUGAACAAGAUCUGAUAAGUUGGGCGGGUACAGAAGAAGCAAGAAAGGCUCUCGUGCAUGCUAUUGCUAUCCAAGAGAUUGUAGAACAAUUACCAAGAGGCAGAGCACAUGUUAUCCAUAUCCCCAGUUCAUUAUUCGCAUCCGCAACAGUUUAUUGUGUAUUUUCUCUUGCCGGUCAAGGUGCAGUUAGUGUACCGAAUGUGGUGGAUUGGCAAGCUGUUUUGGCGACGAAUGAUUUGGGGGAAUCUUCGAUUCAGUCGACAUGUUCUAGUCAUUCGGAGACUCAAUUGUUUUUACGAGGUGGUAAUUCAGCGUUUAGAGGAUUGGGCACUACGAAAAAUCUCCUCUAUGAACUUAAUUCUAUGCAGAAACUUUUUAAAUGUUUGUGUUCGCAAUGGGGGAUCGCUUUUGAUAUGGAAGAUGUUUUGGAUCAGUGGAAUACUCUUUGUCAUUGAGUUUUGGGUGGUGCGGGGAUAUAUAUUUCACGAUUUGUUGUUUAUGGUUAUAAGGAUAUAUGGCGUUGUACAUGUGUUUUUCAUCAGGUUCAGGUUGGCGUGUGAUGGUAAAAGGGUUGGGGUUGGGUUGGAGUUGGAGUUGGACUUGGAUGGGUUUUUGAUAAAUAUGGGUGUAGAUUUAAGAUUAUGUAAUUUUCGAGUUCAUUUUCGCAUAGUAUUAGGAUGAGGUG